UAAAAUGUAUAUAAUACGUUAUUAAUGUAUUAACUUUUGAGAAGUUUCGAAGAUCACCAUCUUCUUCAAUUGUGAGUUUCAGAAGCUUGAACGGAACCGCCACUACCAGCCAUUGUUUCUCCGAUGGCAUGCAUUUCGAAGUCAUUCAAUGGCACCUCCUUCGACGCAUAUUCAUCCUCUUUUCCUCAUCAUAUCACUCAAUUUCGACGCCGCAUCUAUUCUAACUCAAUCACAUUCCGUUGCACAAGUAUCAAGAUCUCCUCCUCCACCGUUCCUCCUCUUCCUGAUAACCGCAUCAUCGUUGGAUGCGGAAUGACGACGGUUGAUUUCUUGGCGACUGUAGAUAGAUAUCCGAAACCGGAUGAUAAGGUACGAACCACCUCCUUCAAAGUUCAGGGAGGUGGAAAUGCCGGUAACGCUUUAACUUGUGCGGCUCGACUCGGCUUGAAACCCAAACUCAUCUCCAAGGUUGCAGAUGAUGCUCAAGGAAGGAGCAUAUUAAAGGAACUAGAAGCUGACGGUGUCGAUAGUUCCUUUAUCGUUGUAUCCAAGGGUGGUAGUUCGACAUUUUCAUAUGUACUAGUAGACAGCCAAACGAAAACUCGCACAAGUAUUUACACCCCUGGAGAUCCUCCCUUGGUGCCAGAUGAUUUGUCCCAGUCAAUGCUAUUAUCUGCAUUUGAUGAAGCAAGAUUAAUAUAUUUUGAUGGAAUGUCUACCGAAACUGCUCUAUUUGUUGGACAAGAGGCAGCUCGCAAUAAUAUUCCUAUUUUAGUUGAGGCAGAAUCACCAAGGGAAGGGUUGGAUGAGCUCUUGAAGCUUGCUGAUUUUGUUGUAUGUUCAGCAAGGUUUCCACAGGCUUGGACACAGGCACCAUCUAUCCCGAGUGCAUUGGUUUCCAUGCUUUUAAGAUUGCCAAAUGUCAAGUUUGUGAUUGUGACUCUGGGUGAAGAUGGUUGUCUAAUGUUGGAAAGAAGUACAAAUGUGGAUGGUGACAUAGAAGAAACGGAUGUAGAGAGUUUCUUAGAAUUCUUGUACAAAGAGAAAGAUGAUAGCUUGACUAUUCCAACCUGCAUACCAUCGCAUGGAAUUACAGGCCUUGCAAAAGCAAGCAUGGAGGUGGUGACAAAAUUCAGAGCAAAUAGAAUAGGGACAGUUUGUGGGAGAUUCUUUAUUGGAACAGCAGAGAAGAUACCGGAUUCUGAGCUUAUCGAUACAACUGGUGCAGGGGAUGCAUUUAUUGGAGCAAUUCUGUAUGCCAUAUGCGCAAACAUGGUACCAGAGAUAAUGUUGCCAUUUGCUGCUCAAGUGGCAGCUGCCAAGUGUAGAGCUUUGGGAGCUCGAACUGGUCUUCCGCAUCGAACAGAUCCACGCUUGGCAUCCUUUUUAUGCUAAGAGAGACAACUGGUAUUCCCAUCAAGGAAGUUCAACGCUGUUGUAGUGGUCAUGUUUACUUUGUGGCUUUAUUCAUGUCUUGUAAAAUGUCCAAUAGUUUGUACAGAAUUGUGAGUACAUUAAAAAAGGUUAUUACUUCUCGUUGUUGGAAUUAUUAUUACGGUGAUGAAGUUUUUCCUGCAACCUUUCA